ACUGAAACUUAUAAACUAAAAUCACCAGAAGAUAUAUCACCAGAAAUCACCAUCAAAAGUUGAAAUAUGUAGAAGUCCACAAACUCAAAAGAAGAUGGGAGGCGACAACGUUGAGAUCAAUUUGAGCGAGCCUCAUGUGCUUUCUGGGGCUACAGCUUCGGACCUGGACAAGGCUGAGAACCAUUUGGCGGGAUACAAUGACAGAGUCAUAGCGGUUUGGAAGGUCAGCGCUGACAGCAUAGAGAAAGUGACGGAUUUCUGGAGGUAUUUCCCUAAAGGUUGCUUGCUUCUUCCGUGUUGCUGGCCGUUGUUGAUCUUGUGUUUGCCGUGUACGAUUCGUACUAUUUUUCGGGCACAGGCGGGGCAGACGGGGGCCCUUCGAACUCAAAUGGAAGGCACCCUUUACAUUCUAGGCACCAAAAAUCUCUACCGAUUGGUCGAUCUUCCCGCACAAGAGCUUCCAUCUGAAAGAAGGAAGAAAAAGAGCAAAAAGAAAAGGAACGAAACUGCCAAUCUGAGGUUCACGAGGGAUCAGAGCGGUUUUCAACCUUUGGAAACGAUUACAUCGGCAACCGUGGACGACGCAGGAACAACGUGCAUACCCACAUUCGGGAUGCCACCAGUCCCUAGUGUCAACGUUGGGCUUCCACCGGGAGCAGCGCUCGCCGAACCUCCACGACGAAUGAUUAGCGCGCCAGGUGGAAUGAUCUCGAUGAGGCAAAUGCGAAUGUACGUAGAUGACCCAGAAGAAGCCUGCAACUUGAUCAUGGCGGCAAAAAAGAAAUGCGUGGAAGAGGUAGCGCUCACUACAACCAUGUCAGUUCCCCCACAGAUGCAAGAAAUGGUCGCGGCUCCUGAUAGUCCUCCGACAGCUGAUACAGCUGAACAAAACGGUGAGACAGAUAUAGUUAGAGACGAAACCGCUGCUGGUCAUAUUGGACAAGCGGCUGGUGCAGUUGCUGGCAACGAUCGCAACAAAAAAGGCGAGAAGGGACCCAGGGGCAGUGCCAGCGGCCCGGCGAAGGGGAAGAAAGGCAAGGGCAAGCAGGCGCGUGGUGGCAAAUGAGGAGAUGUCUAGUCAAAGAAACCAACAUCAUCAUCUUCACGGUCAAGGUUGAUGAGGAGUCGACCGUGAAGAUGAUUACGUUGGUUUUCUAUUUUUAACAAUAAGUUGACGCCCAUUAUUCUCUGACCUCAACAAGUGUGGACCUGUGUUGGAGAUCCACAGAGUGUACUCCUGACUUACUGUCUGCAUGGCAGUUCCCCCCGGUAAUGCGGGCACUUUGUUUCUGUCCCACAUCUCAACAUUGAGAGCAAAAAAUGGGUAUCCCCCUCCCGCUAACCCGAUGAGCACUUUUGAUGUAAGGAGAACCCACAAAUAUGGACGCGGAAUCCGAGUCGAUGGCAAAA